CUCCCUGCCCGGCCGGUGGUCCGGGCCGCCGCGAGGCUCCGCGCGCUGCCCCCUGUCGUCCCGCAGUGCCGUCGCCGCCCCCCGGGAGCUUAGCGGAGCCGCGGCGACGAGUUGGCGCGCGCGGCGGAGCCCGUGGAGCUGGCUUAGCGCCUCCGCCCCACCUUCCCGCACCCUGGGACCGGUCCAACGGGCGCUCCUCCAAGCGGAGCCUUGGAGGGCAAGGCCGGCACCAUUACCUCCAACGAGUGGAGCCCUCCUAACUCCCCUGAGGGGAGCAACGUCUCUGGGGGCAGUCAGGCGUUGGACAAGCCCAUUGACAAUGACGCAGAGGGUGUGUGGAGUCCGGACAUCGAGCAGAGCUUCCAGGAGGCCCUGGCCAUCUACCCGCCUUGUGGCCGGCGCAAGAUCAUCCUGUCAGACGAGGGCAAGAUGUACGGUCGGAAUGAGCUGAUUGCCCGCUACAUCAAGCUCCGGACAGGGAAGACGCGCACCAGGAAGCAGGUCUCCAGCCACAUCCAGGUGCUGGCUCGUCGCAAAGCCCGCGAGAUCCAGGCCAAGCUAAAGGACCAGGCAGCUAAGGACAAGGCCCUGCAGAGCAUGGCUCCCAUGUCGCCCGCCCAGGCCAUCUCCGCCACAGCCUUCCACAGUAAAAUGGCCCUCGCCCGGGGCCCAGGCCACCCAGCAGUCUCAGGGUUUUGGCAAGGAGCCUUGCCGGGCCAAGCCGGAACAUCCCAUGAUGUGAAACCGUUCUCUCAGCAAACCUACGCUGUCCAGCCUUCGCUGCCUCUGCCAGGGUUUGAGUCUCCUGCAGGACCCACCCCGUCGCCCUCAGCGCCCCCGGCACCCCCGUGGCAGGGCCGCAGUGUGGCCAGCUCCAAGCUCUGGAUGUUGGAGUUCUCUGCCUUCUUGGAACAGCAGCAGGACCCUGAUACGUACAACAAGCACCUGUUUGUGCACAUCGGCCAGUCCAGCCCAAGCUACAGUGACCCCUACCUCGAAGCCGUGGACAUCCGCCAGAUCUAUGACAAAUUCCCAGAGAAAAAGGGGGGACUCAAGGAGCUCUUUGAACGGGGACCUUCCAAUGCCUUUUUUCUUGUGAAGUUCUGGGCAGACCUCAACACCAACAUCGAGGAUGAAGGCAGCUCCUUCUACGGGGUCUCCAGUCAGUACGAGAGUCCGGAGAACAUGAUAAUCACUUGUUCCACCAAGGUCUGCUCUUUCGGCAAGCAGGUGGUAGAGAAAGUGGAGACAGAGUAUGCCCGCUAUGAGAACGGCCACUACUCAUACCGCAUUCAUCGAUCGCCGCUCUGCGAGUACAUGAUCAAUUUCAUCCACAAGCUGAAGCACCUGCCCGAGAAGUACAUGAUGAACAGCGUGCUGGAGAACUUCACCAUCCUGCAGGUGGUCACCAACAGAGACACGCAGGAGACGCUGCUGUGCAUUGCAUAUGUUUUUGAGGUGUCAGCCAGCGAGCACGGGGCUCAGCACCAUAUCUACCGGCUGGUGAAAGAAUAAGAGACUCAGGGAGCAGGGAGGGGGGAAGAGACUUUGUGUGUGCAGGGACACGGGGAGGGGAUCUGCAGGGGCCUGAAUUGCCAGGAGAGCCGAGAGGUCCUAACUUCCUAGCCAGGAACAAACUGAACCUGCAAUGCCCAACCCCAAAUAAACCCAAGAUGGUGUGUAUUUUCGGA